CACAAAACGGCCAAACUUUCCUGCAGCAGAUAUGGCCGUUAUCUGUUUCUACAGCCCACAGGAAAUGAAACAGCACCCUCUGUGUCAAUCAACAUUUGUGAUGGCAGGUUUUAAAUGGAAAAUAUCAUAGAAAACAGGCCUGAAUGUGUCAACAAAUAGCCAACCAAAUGUUGCACAUUGGGAAAGUCAAAUUGAACAAAGUGCUCUGAAGAAUAAGAUCACAUCAGUUUUACAUUAAUUUCCAGCAUCAAAGUAUCCAGAAAAGUAAGUCCAGCACAUCGUAAAUAAAUUAAAAGUCAUAAAGCUGACGUUUUCUUGCUAGCCUUUUAAAGCUGAACUCUAGAAUUAAUCUCAAGGCCUGAGCAGCAUGAAGGAUGAGAUAAUGUCUUUGGAGCCGACGUCUUGGUGAAGCAAAGGGUUGGAUAGCGUGACAGAUAGAGAGUGCGCAUCUUUUAAACACAGCACUAGAGAGAGGAGCAGCACGCAGCACGGGAGCAAACAAACCAUGAUGGAUCUUUAUGUCAGAGGCACCACGUGGAUAAUACUCAUGCUCUUUAUGAUUCCAGACCUUACCCACAGCAGUUCUUGCCCCAGCAGCUGCCGAUGCAGCCCUCAAGGCGCUGCCAUCUGUAUUGGCUCCACCAUCACGGAUAUACCGCCUCUGCCUGUCCACACGUACCUGCUGCAGCUUAGUGGUACAAACAUGAAUGUCAUAAAUGAGCAAAGUUUAGCAAAUCUGGACCUCCUGCUGCGUUUCGGUCUCAUAAAGAGUCAUCUACACACCGUCCAUCCUCGGGCUUUCCUCGUAGCUCCCCAGCUCAAGUCUGUCAAGCUGUCAUCUAACGAUCUCUCGACCCUUCCUUCUCGAGUGUUCAGUCCACUUGCUACUCUUGAGCAGCUGCAUCUAGAUGGGAACCAGUUUGAGAACAUUCAUCCAGAUAUGUUUGAAGGACUCGGCGGGUUGCAGGACCUGGACCUAAGCCGCAACAAACUCAGGAGUCUUGAUUCAGACAUAUUUGAAGGCCUGUCCAACCUCACCUUUCUGAAUCUUGGAAGGAACUUCAUAAAGAAGCUUCCUCCUACCAUCUUUCACUCCUUGACUAAACUUCAGCAGCUUAUACUCUAUUACAACGAACUAGAAUUUCUAGAAGCUGACAUCUUUGACAAACUCAUCAACCUCGUGGAGCUAAAACUCCAUCAUAACCAGAUUGCCAGCCUUCCACCUAAAGUCUUCUGGCCUCUGGGGAACCUGAAAACCCUGACCUUAUCCUCCAACCAACUUCAGACCGUCCCAGAAAAAAGCUUCUACAACAUGCCAAAGUUGAUCAAACUCACCAUUUACAAGAAUCCACUAUUAUCUCUACCAGAUGAGCUGAUGGGUCACAUGCCUGACAUGACAGAGUUUUAUCUAUAUGCCACCAACCUCAUCACGGUUCCUGGAAAUUUGUUUGCUAACAUGUCUGGGCUGCUGAUGCUGAACUUCCAUUUAAAUGACAAUCUGAGGGACCUUCCACCAGAUGUUUUCUGCUGUCUUCCAAACCUUCAGAAGCUCUCGCUGAAAUCCAACAACCUCCAUUAUCUUCAUCCCCAGCUAUUCUCCAAACUAACCAACCUGAAGAAACUUCACCUCAAUGACAAUAAGUUGUAUGGCCUACCAGAAAAUAUCUUUAAGGGUCUUGGAGAGAUUCUUGAAAUUUUAUUAACGAAUAACAACCUUAGCAGUCUUCCAGGAGAUAUUUUCGUGUCCCUUCCAGCUUUGAUGAAUCUGACUCUGAGUGGAAACCCCUGGGGUUGUAAUUGUGCUAUCAGAGGCAUUGCAAGAUGGAUAAGACACAAUGAGCAUGUGCUUUGGGACAGAGAUGACGUGAUGUGUCAUAAUCCAGUCUACCAGCUGCUGCGUACCGUUGGCUCACUGCGUGAUGAAGAGUUCAGCUUUUGCAGUGCUACAAGAGCCAAGAGUUUUCCUCUACAAGAUUUGAGCUGGUCACCAACACAACCACUCCACAGUUUGUCAACCUCUGGACAAACAUCAGGUUUAACUUCCAUAACCACACCCCCCACAACGGCUACUCAAUCCAAGCAAGCGGCUUUCCAAACCACACAAGGAGCUACCCAAAAAGUCACCGACAAAAUAACCACCCAGACUGUAAAAGCAACCACAUCAGAUGAUAUAACACUCUCAGCAUCACUUUCCACUGAACUUAUUGGUAAAUUUGCUCAGAACAUGUCACCUCCUUUUCAUGGCAUAUUGGUGAUUGAACCGGGGCCUGAGUUUGUCCACCAUAACCAUCAGAAAGGCUGGGUGUAUGUGUGGUUUCUGCCCUCAAACACGGCUUUGGCUGGGUUCCUUAUGUUCUUUCACAUCCUUCUAGUAGCUGCAGGGUUGUCGCUCAUCCUUGCUACCAUGUAUGGCAUGUAUCGCCUCCACAAGGCCAUGUAUAAGCUAAAGUCUGAGUGUGCUCGUAAUGAGGCGUAUUCUCACAGCCUCUCCUGGGUAACAAUGCAUGGAGGGAUUUACUGUUUCUCCAUGAACUGGGUGUCCCCAGCUUUCACAGGCUUGAAUCCAGAUGAGUGUUUCUUUGUGGAUGCGAGUGGAUCACGCAGCUUUCUCCACAGAGGAAGGGAGGACGCACAUAAAGGACGACCACACCGACUCACUGUCUCUGUUCAGGGAUCGCAGCACGAGAGGGCAAUAAUGGAGCUGCCAAUGACACUUCCUGUAUUCCUACUUCUCAUGUCCCUCAGUGUUGUCUGGGCAUGUCCGGAUGGAUGCCAAUGUAAAGAAAGCACGGUCCAAUGUUUUGGCCUGUCAGACUUCCCCAUGCCGCUGCCGUCAUCUGCCACCAAACUCUAUUUCACAACAUGCCGUUUUAACUCUCUGGAGCCAGAACACAUGACGAAUUCGUUGGAUGUGUUGCUGAUUAAAAAUUCUCUUUUGAGGGAAGUGCGCCCUGGCACAUUUGAUUCAACACCACAUAUCGGGUCCUUAGUGUUAACUGGUACCCAACUGCAGGAUCUGCCAGAAGCCUUGUUGAAAAAUCUGCAGAAACUUGAGACUCUGACACUAAGUAUCAACAAGCUCUUAGUACUUCGCCCUCAGUGGUUUUCCCUGUUGACCGAGCUUAGAAGACUUGACCUUAGUAAGAAUAUUUUCACUGCAGUACCUGUGGAAACUUUUCAUCCACUGAAACAGUUGAGCUACCUUUCCCUUUCUGGUAACAAAAUUAGUCAGCUAUCUAGAGAAACCUUUAAGGGUCUUUCUCAGAUUAUAACUUUACGCCUUAAUAAAAACAUGCUACAUGAGCUUCAAGUUGGUACUUUGGAUGACCUUGUAAACCUGGGAGAGCUGUCACUACAAGACAAUCAAAUCACUCACCUCCACCGUGACCUGUUCUCCAAGACUCCAAAACUCCAGAAGCUGUUUCUCUCCAACAACAAGCUCACAUCUCUCCCAGAAGGGAUCUUCCUAAACUUGCCAAAUCUUUCCCAGAUCUCCCUGUAUGAAAACCAGCUGGAGACUCUGGGUCCAAGGGUGUUUGGGCCCAUGGCCCUUCAAGAGUUGUGGCUGUAUGACAACAAGCUGAGUCGUGUGGAAGAUGACACGUUCAGGAACCUGACUCAGUUACGCCUCCUGGUCCUCAGUCGUAACCGGAUUAGUUAUGUAUCCACCAGUGCAUUUAGAGGAUUGGAACAGCUGGGAGAGGUAUCCCUGCACACCAAUCUGAUCACGACCCUGCAAGCUGGGACUUUCCAGGUGCUACCUAAACUGGUCAACAUUUCUCUGGAACAUAACUUCAUCAAGUUCCUCCCACAUGGUUUCCUUCAGGGUCUGACCCACCUGGGACAGAUAGACCUGCGAAACAAUUCCCUCCCUAACCUACCACAGGAGAGUUUAGACGCCCUCACUGCAUCAAAGGAAGUACUCCUUCAGCAAAAUCCCUGGAGGUGUGACAAGGAUAUUCUGCCACUUAGGGACUGGUUGAAGCAGCACCCAUCAAAGACCAACCAAAGCCUUGUGCUCUGUGACACUCCUUCCAGUCUGAAUGGCGAGAUGAUUGCUUUGCUGGCAGAUGAGAACCUGGUAUCUCUCAGCUCUACUCAGGAGCCCGUGCUGACCUCAACAGAGAAAAGGAGGAGGCCACACACACCUCCAGCCAAAAGAAGCACUCCCUCACCUGCUGUCAAGACGACCCCCACCUCAGAGUAUGAAGAGGUAACCAGCAGUGGACAAGGGAAUAAUGGAACCAUUUCUCGUGAUAUUUCAAUCACCCUAAUUGUCAUCGCAGUAGUGUGCACUGUCAUCAUCAGCACUGUAAUUAUCAGCUGUAUUUGCUGGAGGAGAAAUAAGAGUGGCAAAGGGAAUAUAGGCCGCAGGAGUAAAAACUCUGUGCUGUAGACUGCAAUUCAGACAAAGCACACUAAGAACUUUUAAAGGGCGACUUUGAAAAGUUGGUAAUCGAGCCUCAAAGACACCAGAAAGUUCAUUAGCUUUCAGUUUUAUUCUUCAGAUUUACCCCUCAGUGUGUCUUCCUGACUGUGCUUCUUUGAAAAAAGAGAUGCCAUCUUAAAUACUAACUGUAACAACAAACGCCUUAACGACUUUUGGCCAACCUGGACAUAUUUGUGAACAUAAACUGAAACAUGCUUCGUUUGUUGUGUUAACCUCCCCACCGACUUUUUUUUCAUUAACAAUUGUUGCAGCUUGACAGCUGAUUUUGUGCUAACAACCCAACAUUUAGCAAACAGUUGAACUUCUUUGCAAAAGGGCUACAAUAGACAUACAAAAGAUGUAAUAUGGAGUUUACUAUACUACACAUCACGCUUCAACAGCCGGAAUAAAUGCAACACUUCUAGUGAGAGCAUGUGCACACUGUGUCUCUUAUUUACUGAGCUUCACUAGUCAUCCUAUGUUUGACAGGUCUGACAUUAUUUAUAUAAGUAUAUGGCAUUACAUUGUUUCAUGUUUGAAUUCUUGUUAUAAUGACUUUAAACACAUAUGAAAGUUUUCAGCAUGACACUGACAUAGUGGGUUGUACAUUUAAUAAAAUAUU